GCGGCCCGCUGGACCGUUCUUCCGUCCGACCGGCCCCGGGCGGGCCUGCCCACCUCAGCGUCCGGCGCGAGGCCGGCUCCGGCCCUUCCCCGCCGCCGCGGCCCCGACCUGGGCCCCCCGCCUUCCCUGGCCUCGGGGCCGGCGCGGUUCCUCCAGAUCCCUCGAGAUCUCAGGCCGGACCUGGCCCGGCCCCCUCCAUGCUUCUCGGUUCUCAUUCCUUCCUCUGUCCUAUAUCCGGGCCCGUCUCUCGAAGGACCCUCGCUCGCUUCUGCUGUGGCCUUAGCGCACACUCGGUCUAACAUCUCAUUCUCCUUCUCUUAGAAGGGGAUUUUUUUUCUCUAUUUCUCCGGCCCAGGCCUGCACCGCUCUUGCUAGCCCCACUCAGGCCGAGUGAGAUGGUGGUGGGAGGGGGGUUAGGAGGAGAUGGGUCAGGGCCUCGGUCUCCGCGUCCUAGUAGGGGUCUCAGCACCCUCUCCCCAGCGUAGGGCUGUGUGGAUGCCGGGAUAGGCCCUACAGGGGUGGAGGUGGGAGCUGUGGGGUUUGUAGAUGUGACGUAUAAGGGGCCUCUUUCCCGGGCCCCUGUGGUGUCCGGCUUCUCGGACAAAGGGUUUCCUACUCCGCGAUGAGGGAUGUUUGCAUAGCAAGGCCCCAGGUACUCCGGAUUCCAUCUCCCAGGAAAGGGAAACUGUAACUUCAUGUUUUUCAGCGCUGCUUUGGGAAAAUUGGGGAGGAGCGGGGUAGGGUUGUCCUCAUCACUGCCGCCAGUUCUUUCUUAUUAAAAAAAAAAAAAAAAAAAAAAGAGAGAGAGAGAAUCCUAGGCCCCUGGGGAAGCGAUCACUCUUCUGUUACUAGCCAUUGGUAGCCAUGCCGGACUCCCUGGCCCUACAGACACCCCAACCGCUUUCCGCCUUAGGACUUGGAGCCAGAAGGGGUUUUUGGAGACAGGACUGUGAGAGAGUGGUUACCAGAAGCGAAGAAUUUGCUGCUUGGUGGAUGGAUUGGUGGAAGAAAAGAAACAUGGCAGCUAUUACCUGCCAAUUUGAACAUUGGGGGAAUCAAACUGGGCUUUGGAGAAUUGGGAGGAGGAAGUCUUCAGGGUUUCUUUCCUGUGGAAACCUUGACAGUUUCUUUGUAUCUCUCCUAACACAGUAACCACCUCAACCCCAGGGUUGAAGAGGGAAGAUGAAAGAAUCUACUUAACCCAGCACAAUGUUUUCCUAGCCAGAUUUUCUCCAGUGUGAAAAUGUUUAUUGAGUCAGUGAUUCCACUGGGUAGGGUCGGUGACAUCAGAGCCACUUCCCCCAUUUAAUGCUAUAAAUAAUAAAUGGUGACACUGAAAGUCUGUUGGAUAGCUGCAUGGUUUCUGUGGAUGAUGGUAUCUGGGGAGUUGAGCUGCAUGUUUUAAAAAUGGAAGUACAGUAGCGUAAAUACACAACUUAAUAUUUGCUGUCCUUUGCAUAAUUCACAGAACUAGACCUCUCCAGUAUUCUUUAAAGCUAGAAGGAAAAAAAAAAAAGCUUUGGUUGUUCCUGCUUUGGGCUCGUGUGCACACGUGUGCUUGCUUUUUCAAGGAUGUUGUCACUUGUGAGUUUUUCUUUGAUUUUCAUGUAGUAAGUAAUUUUUCCUUUUUCAGUAUAAUUUAUCAAACUAUCGUAGUCAAGCCUUUGUAUUCUGAAAAUUUUGUAGUGGGUUAUUUUGGUAAAUAUCUUCAUUGGGAUUCCACGUAUAGUACAUCCGUAUUCUUAUGGACGUACAAUACAAGCACUUAAACUGGAGGAGUACUUCAUAUUGAAAAAUUGUAACUUGGUGCCUCUUUGAAAUUGGCUGUUCUGUGCUCCUUCCAUUUUCAUUCAUGUAAAAAAUGACUAAAAUGUCUUUAUUUUCAAAAGACUUAGAAGAAAUACUGCAUAAUUCAUUUAGUAUUUUUGAGUGUAUGGUAAAAAACAAAAAACAAAAAACUCUGCCCUAAAUUUGUUGGUUCCCCAUGCUCAUAACUUAAAGUUUUGAUUAUACAUGAUUGUACUUGUCUGUGAUCUGAAAAGGUAUUUCAGCCUUUCAAGGACGCUAUAUACUGGAAUUCUCAGAAAAUUUAACAAAGAGAGCAAUUUUGAAAUGGCUUUUCAUAUACGGAUUUUGAUAUUCUCUCAAAGGGAUACCAGUUAAGACUCUUAGGCAACCCUUUUCAUAAACAUGUAUGUAUUUAUUUUAGCGUAGUGGAUAGUGCAGGUAUUUAACAACUGAUUUAGUAAAUCCAGGAUUGGAUGUAGGAAUGAUAAUGCCUUAAAAUCUAAUUGCAUGUGGCUCUCUGUAUUCGCUGCAUUUUAAUUACAGUUUCCAGAACUAGGUUAAAAAUACUUUUUACGUUGGUUCUAAAAUAACAUGAUUGAAAGAAAGGAAUGGGUUAAACUGAUGGUAUGUUAAGAGCCUAAAGCAUGAAAUAUUUUUAGAUUUUUAUGAGUCAGCUUCAAUACUCAAAUAUUUGUGAUUGUGCUGCCUGUACCAGUUUGGUACUUAAUGGUUAACAGGAUAACUUUCAUUUGAUAUUCCAGAGAGUGCUAUAUUAAAGACAGGAAACAGACUUUUGGGGUAUCUCCAGUUUCUUAAUCUUCAUCCUUCCACUUCUUUUGAUUUUGAUUCUUUUUCUUUUUUCCCUUGUGUUUUUGUUUUUCUUUUUAGUUCGCUAGGAAAUAAAGCUGGUGAUAGCCCAAUAAUUAAAUCUCCAAAAUAUAACCUCCCUUUGUGACUCCUAUCUCUGCCUAAGGCUGGGUCCACAAAGAAUGCUUCUCCAAGUGACCUACCUCAUAGGGUUCAGUCUUUAAUAUAGACUAUAAACUCUUGAUUGAGACGACUGAAUUUAUAAUUGCUGAUGGUAAAUAAUUUAACCACCAAAUGACUUUCAUGGCCUUAUAUUGGACUAUAGUACUUAACUUAGUUUGUGGGACUUUGUUUCUGACUUUGGUAAUAUGAGUUUUAUUAUUAAUGAGGUAGAGAAGUAAUAAUCCAGUUGGAAGUAUGUCUAUGUCUAGUGCGGUGGAUAUCACUGGAAAGAAUGAAAACUGCAUUAUGUAUCACAUGAUGUUUUUUAAUGCUUGAGUUAGGAGUUGGAGUUGAUGUUCAGGCACUCAUUGCUAGAAAGCGCUCACAGAGCUGCUGAUUGGAAGAGAAAGAUGGUAAGUUUUCUCUAUUAGAAGAUAGCAGAAGCUGAUGUUAAAGUUUUAGGAAAGGUAACCCUUGCUUUCUCUAUGGGUGUGAGCGUGUGCCCACCCAUCACCCCCAAGCACAAAUUAUACUCUUAUUAGCUGUUGGAUGGUCCCCCUCUUUGGUAAGUGACCUUAAGUGACUCAUUUUCUUUUUGUGUUGUCUCUAAGUGGCUAUAUUACUUGUUGAAUGUAGUAAAAUACAUUGGACCUAAGAAGGUAAGAUAUCAAUGCUAUUUUUUAGAGCUGUUGAAGUAUAGGCAGGCUACAAGGCUAAGGAGAUGAAAGAAACUAAGUAAAGUUAUGGGAAAUUUUUCUUUUUUUCUUUUUGGUUUGUCCCCCCCCUUCCUGUCAUUGGUUCUCUAAGUGGAGUAAAUGGGAUUGUUUUUUAGUGACUGCUUUAAGAAAUUGGAUCUUAGUUUGUCACUAUCACUUACCCUCAUUUACCUCUAACCAUGUGUUGAUUUACCAAAUGCCGAUUAAAUAGACAAAGGUUUAAUUAAGUAGGGUCCGAAUGGAAUAAACCACAUACGUAUACCUACUUAUAGACUCAUUUACCUGCCUCAAGACACUGUGGCUCAAAUAUAUCAAUUUUUGCUCCUGAUUUUUGAGCAAGUUAGCUGCCCCUUCAGAAGUGACAAGGACAAAUAUGAUCCUGUGCGCACAUCUUGGUACUCCUGGCUCCUGACUGUUCUAACCUGAAAACAGAGAGCUGGCAUAGGAAGGUCACUAGGCCAUUACAUGGGUUCACAGAACAGCACUUAAGGCCACUUGACCCUUGAACGACGUGGGUUUGAACUGUGCAGGUCCAUUUAUAAUAAUUUUUUGUUUUUUACAGUACUGUAAAUGUAUUUUCUCUUUUAAUGAUUGUCUUACUAUCUUCUUUAGCUUACUUUAUGUAAGAAUACAAUUGGUGAUUCAUAUGAAAUACAAAGUAUGUGUGAACCACCUGUUUAUUUUCUUGGUAAGGCUUCCAGUCAAAAGAAGGUUAUUAGUAGUUAAGUUUACUAUAAGUCAAAAGUUAUAUGUGGAUUUUCUGUUACAUGCGGGUCAGUGCCCCUAAUCUCCCAUGUUGUUCAAGGGUCAACUAUAUAUCCUCUGUUUGAUUCUAUGAUCCUCUGAAUUUUGUACUCUCAGGUUCCUGGGUUCCACCUGGUGGUAUUUCACUUUAAGGGAAAGAAAGCAUUUCAAGUCCUAGUAAUUUCAGUUACAGAUUCCCUUCUAGCUUUUCUUCCCACAUUAUUCCUCACUUAUUCUAUAUUUCAGCCAGACGGUAGACCAGGGUUCUUCAGAUUCUGCUCACAUUAUUAUUAUUAUUAUUUUUUUUUCUGUUUUUCCCCCCAUGCAUUGAAGGCUACCGAUAGUUACCGGCGGGACCUAAUAGUUGGCUCUCUGGCCAAACUGGCUUCAAUCAGAUCUCAGCAAUUCUCUCUUCCGCCUGUACUGAGAAAAGUCCUGUCUCCUCAAAACACAAUUUAGGUGCCACCUCUUUUGAUGUCAGUUUACGUUAUGGUGGCAGAUACUAUUUUGUUUUUAUAGCAUUGCCUACCCGAUGUUCACUGUUAAAUGAAAUGGAUGAAUUCUGGCACUUUGUGUUUAUCUUGUGGCACGUAGCAUUUUCCAGGCUUGUAUCAGAGUUUCCUGUUUGUGUCUCCUAUUAAAUGAUAAACUCCUCGCAGUGCCUUCUUACAGUACACGUUCAGUAAACGUUGAGUUGAAUUUUCCUGUUGUUUAUAUGCAUUAUUGCUGUCUGUCUGUCUGGUAAUUCUCACCUGUAUCAGUAAUUCUCUUAAUGUAUUCCUAACUCAUAUGGGACUUAAUCAUACCCUCCUGUAUAUCGUAAAAGCUUGUGAUUAUGUCUAAAUUUCCCUUCCAGAGGCUGUAUUGUCUUUUGAAUCCUUCACAAUGCUUAGGACUUGGGUGUGUAAUAGGUACAUUGAUUGAAAUUAAUGUGAGGUAUUUCUUUUUCCAUGCUGUGAAAUCUUUUUAAGGUUUCCUUUUGAUAACUUUUAAGACAAAGGCGUAGAUGAAUAGAGGAAUAAGACUGGUAAGGCAGAAGAGGAGAGUGGUGUGUGGCACACACACAUCUAUAGACCAUUGUUUACUGUUUAUACAGACAUCCUAUAAAACCAUUAUUUACAGACUUUUACACCCAACAGAUAGAUUUACAUACAUCCCAGAGAGUGGUUGAUAACAAAGUAUUGAGGAAACCCAAUUCCUUUUAUACGUGUUGAUGUGAACUUGCCAAACAGUAAAUUCUGAGGAAGCGUGAUUUAUCAGCAAGGGCAUGGACUUUAGAGGGAAGCACCCAAGUUUUAUCCUAGCUUUGUCACCUGCUGGCUGUGUGACCUUAAGAAAGUUAACCUUUCUGUGCUAUGAUUUCAUUAUCGGUAAAAACAAGAAAAUGUAGGUUUUGCUCUGAGUUGUUGGGAGGAUGAUGGGAGAAAUGUGUGUGAAAGGACCUUGCGGAAGCUUAUCUCAGCAACUGCUUGCCGUGCUAACUUCCACCAGUACAGGGACCGGGUUUUGUAAAGCACAGUUAAGGCAGAUGGUGGGAAGAAAGUUUUAUUUUCCUCCCUUAGUUGUGCAUGUAUUUAUUUGUGAAGUUUUACAGAGGCCUGACAUUGAGUUGCUUUAAUUAUAUGUUUCAUGAGGUAUCUCUUUAGAAGAAAUCAUGAAAUCGUACAGAAUCAGUAUUAUUUUAGAAAUUUGGGAAGUGGAAGGAGUGUUACAAUUAUUAAGAACUGUCAGUUAGACUUAAUGGCCUGUACUCGAACUACAGAGAGAACCCACCCGACCCUGCUUUAGGUAUCCUGGUAGAAAGAGACUGGUGAUUCGUUCCUAUUAACAUUGAGCAUUGUGAUUUACGUUUGAUCAGUUUAAUUUUGAUGAGGAAAUGAGGAUUUUUGAGUUCUUAUUCUGGUUUAAGCAAAGCUGAUGAUUUUGACCUUUAACAGAAUAAGCAGUCAGUAUUAUACAAGAUUUCCUCCUGAGUUGUAUUGUUGUUCAUUGAAUUAGUUGACAAAGGGGGAAAAAACCUGUUGGUCAAGAAUGUGCUUGUUAGCUUCAGUUAAGUUUCUGCUGAUCACAAUUGCCUAACAGGAAGUUUGUCUUUGUAGGCAAAUGAGACACGAACCAGGAGGACCUGACAGUCCAGUAGGGUAUUUCUAACCUGGAGCUUAUUAUUGUUUUAACAAAAUUCAAAGAUUGCAGAGUUCUGUGAUGUCAGCAGGAAGCAUUUUUAGGAAAUUCCCUCUCAGGGUUAGUCAACAAUGAAGAACUUCACAGAAUGGAAAGCUGUGAAGUAGAAACAGUGGGACAUUAACUUGUAAAAUGAAGGGAAAAAAAAGUCUGUGAGUAGAGAGAUUGAUUAAUAAGUGUAAUGAAUAUGGGAAGCCAUUCUAAUAGCUUGUCUCUGAUUCACAGAAGAAAAUUUAAGUGAGAGCUCUACUGUUGAGAAAAAGGAACUUGAGUCAUUUUUAAUUUUUAUUUUUUUUUUAAGAGUUAAAUUGAGAACCCUUAACCAGUUUUGGGAACUAAUAAUAAAAUACAUUUUGGUUCUGUGAAAUGAUUGCUUGGGAGACUCAAAGAGAAAGGGACAGAGAACAGGAAGAACUCAGUCUUUACACUUUUGGUCUGGCUUCUAUUAAUCUUUGUAUCUCUAGCAUUAGGGCCGCCACGAAUUAGGCAUUCAGUAAAUAUUUAUUUGAAGGGAAGACCAGAAAAUUAACACAGUAAUACAGGAAAAAGCUUGUUGACUCAGGAGGUUCAGAAAUGAGUCCAUUAGUCAGAUUGUGGUUGUGUUUUGCUAUCAUUGCUCAGCAUUUUGGUUAUAGCACCGAGUUACACUUUGAAAAGCAGAGUAUAUUUUUUUUUAGCAGUUAGCUACUAGCUAACUCGCUGCUUCUAUCAAAAUAGGGUUUUCAGUUUAUUCUUAGGCUUAUUCUAAUAUCACUUAACGGGAGAAGCUUGAGCACUCAUUCUUUGCUUGAGAUUUUACAUAAGUGAUCUCUUUUAAGUUGUGGGUAUUAGGAUACUUUCCUAAGAUUGCUACGUUAUGGUGAGGCUAAUCAUAGACUUGUAUUUCAGUCACUCCCGUUGCUUUGCUUACAAUGUGAUAAAUCAGAACAUCUUCAGUGAUUGCCUAUGGACUAUUUAUUGACAAAUCUUGGAAUUUUAAAAUUUCUUGGUUUCAGUUGGAUUUGAGAUUCUUUGUCACAGACAGUCUUUGCUGCUAAACACAAAGACUUACUUGGCAACAUUAUGUGUUUUAUUAUAAAUAUUGUGAGCCUCAAAAUUGCAUGCCUUUGUUAAAUGCUUUUUUAAGUGGUAAAAUAUGGAGCGUUCGCCCUUUCAGGAUGGCUUAACUGGUUCAGUUGUGUUUUAGUUUGGCUAGGCUGAAAUAUUUACUCUUCUGUAUUUUUGUACUUCUCUAUUCUGACGUUAACUCCGGACCUUUGAGAGUAAAGCUUGGUUUCUUCUGCCCCAGGAAUCAUGGCCUUUCUGAUCCUUAGACUUGGCAGGCCACAGUGCUCUGUGGAAAGGGGAUGGUCUCUACCAAUUAGUAGAUGUGGGACUUUGGGCAAGUUAUUUCUUCUCUUUUUUUUUUUUUUUUUUUUUUGAGAAUUAAAUAUGAGUAAGAAAUGUAAAGGUCCUGACCCAUUAGUAACCCUAAAGGUAGGUAUUAUAAUUACUGCAGGAACAUUUUGGCUGUAGGUUUUUAAGGAAGUAGAAAAUUUAUAUGUAACUAACAGUCUUUUGACUGAUUUUUAAAAUUUUUAUCUAUGUUAUUCUGUAGAAUGGCUUUUUUUCUCUCCCUUAUAAUUUGUUUGUAUAUUUGCAGUCUGAUGGAGAAGUUGGUAUGGUAGUAAAAGAAUGUUGAUACAAUGUUGACUCGGCUUAUAUAUUUAAAGGUGUUAUUUAGUAAAUUGUUUAUUAGUGUUUUUUAAAUUAUUUUCCUUAGUUUACCCAAUGACUGGUCAUUGUAGAGGGUUGGUCUUUAUUGAGUCAGAAGUUCACUCUUAAAAUUAUGCCAUGUGUUUUUAAAAUGUCAUGUAUUUCAGGUGAGGUUUGAAGAUUUGGGUAAUGUGUAGAUUUGAUGUCUUAUAGGUAGCAAACCAAAAGAUUUCUUGUUAGGUGCCUAAAUAUCUUUUUUGGGAGGUAUUUGAGCCUUCCUAUAUCAUUAAUUUUUUUGUAAUGCUGGAGGAGCUGUCUUAGAAAAUGGGUAAGGAAGUUCAUCGUAGCUGAAUGGUCUGGGACAAUUUAUGUGGAUAACGGAGUAAGUUUUUAGCUGCUCUCAUUGGAAAUCGCGUAUUUAUCAUGAGUAAAAAUUAAUAUUAGGGAAUGUUUCCUUCUCUACCAUGUAGAAUUUCUUAUCCUUUUGUCGGCACAGAGGUGAAGAAUGCUGCUACAGAACUUUUAUACCAAAUAGCUGACUCAGGGGUUGUGACUUUUCUGUGCCUCAGAUCCACCACUCCGAUGACCCUUCCUUCCAUUUCUUGGUGGCUGUCCUUUGCCGCUGGUGCCAUGGUGGGUGUACGGAUUGCUUUCUGUCUUUCAACAGUUACCGAAGUGCAUGUUUGGGAUUUUAUUGAAGAAAGCUGGAUACAGUAAACGGAAAGAAUCUUGGAAGCUGCUUGACUGCUGUCUUUUCUCAGACUAGUCUGAAAGGGAAUACCCCCAUUCAUUCUGGAUUGGUGGAUCUGAAGUACAAAAUAUUUUCCAGUGUUCUGUGCCAAGGUCUUUGUGGCUAGGCUGCGCCAACCUGGUAGAGAGCAUGUGCGCACUGAGUUGCCUGCAGAGCAUGCCCAGUGUCAGAUGUCUCCAGAACACUUCAGUUAUGGAGGAUCAAAAUGAAGAUGAGUCCCCAAAGAAAAAUACUCUUUGGCAGAUAAGUAAUGGAACAUCAUCUGUGAUCGUCUCCAGAAAGAGGCCAUCAGAAGGAAACUAUCAAAAAGAAAAAGACUUGUGUAUUAAAUAUUUUGACCAGUGGUCUGAAUCAGAUCAAGUGGAAUUUGUGGAACACCUUAUUUCACGAAUGUGUCAUUAUCAGCAUGGACAUAUUAACUCUUACCUGAAGCCCAUGUUGCAGCGGGACUUUAUUACCGCUUUACCAGAGCAAGGCUUAGAUCACAUAGCAGAAAACAUUCUUUCUUACCUGGAUGCCAGGUCUCUGUGUGCAGCAGAGCUGGUAUGUAAAGAAUGGCAGCGAGUGAUCUCGGAAGGAAUGCUUUGGAAGAAGCUGAUUGAAAGGAUGGUGCGCACUGACCCUCUGUGGAAGGGACUUUCAGAAAGAAGAGGGUGGGAUCAGUACCUGUUUAAGAACAGACCUACAGAUGGCCCUCCCAAUUCAUUUUAUAGGUCAUUAUACCCAAAGAUUAUCCAGGACAUAGAGACUAUAGAAUCUAACUGGCGGUGUGGACGACACAACUUGCAGAGGAUUCAGUGCCGCUCUGAAAAUAGUAAAGGUGUCUACUGUUUACAGUAUGAUGAUGAAAAAAUUAUCAGUGGCCUACGAGAUAAUUCUAUUAAGAUUUGGGAUAAAACCAGCUUGGAAUGUUUGAAAGUGUUAACGGGACACACUGGCUCUGUCCUUUGUCUCCAGUAUGAUGAACGUGUCAUUGUGACUGGUUCUUCAGACUCUACAGUGAGAGUCUGGGAUGUGAACACGGGUGAAGUUCUGAACACAUUGAUCCACCACAAUGAGGCUGUACUGCACUUACGCUUCAGCAAUGGACUUAUGGUGACCUGUUCCAAGGAUCGCUCCAUCGCUGUGUGGGACAUGGCUUCUGCUACCGAUAUCACUCUACGCCGUGUCCUGGUUGGCCACCGUGCUGCUGUCAAUGUGGUAGACUUUGAUGAUAAAUACAUCGUGUCUGCCUCUGGUGACAGAACCAUCAAAGUCUGGAGCACGAGUACCUGUGAAUUUGUUCGUACUCUGAAUGGGCACAAGCGAGGCAUUGCCUGUCUCCAGUACAGGGAUCGGCUGGUUGUUAGUGGAUCAUCAGAUAAUACCAUAAGGCUAUGGGAUAUCGAAUGUGGUGCCUGUUUAAGAGUCCUAGAGGGACAUGAAGAAUUGGUCCGAUGCAUCCGGUUUGAUAACAAGAGGAUUGUCAGUGGGGCCUAUGAUGGGAAAAUUAAAGUUUGGGACUUGCAAGCUGCUCUUGACCCUCGAGCCCCAGCAAGCACGUUGUGUUUGCGCACGUUGGUGGAACAUUCUGGACGUGUGUUUCGGCUACAGUUUGAUGAAUUUCAGAUCAUCAGCAGCUCCCAUGAUGACACUAUUUUGAUUUGGGAUUUCUUAAACGUGCCUCCCAGUGCCCAGAAUGAGACCCGUUCUCCCUCCAGAACAUACACUUACAUCUCCAGAUAACAGUCUGCACUUUACCCGUUUCAGGGUUUCCUAGUCUUGAACUACUGGCUACAUGGCUACCAAAUGCCUAAGGGAGUUCUUCGCAGCUGAGUUAUGAAGCUGGAAUUGGUUCUAGACGCUGGGUAGAUGCAAAGCAGCCUAACUCUUCCAAGUACCAACAUUUCUCACCUCCGAUUCUGGCCUCUACUUUGAGAAGGAUACCUUAGCUUCACCGACUUCCAGUAGAACAGAAGCCCAUUUCCUCCCCCCAUCAGUGAAAAAAAACAAAAUCUAAUGCUUCAAAUGUAAAUUGUUCAUAUAAAAGGAACGUACAGUCUGUCUGUUUUACAGAAGUAAAUCGACCAUCAAGAGAAGACUUGGCCUCUAAUUUAUAUUGCUUUGCACUUUGGUCUGAUACUAAGAAACCGCAUUCUUCUUUGGUGAAAUUUUGGGUGCCAAACACCUACCCAGAAUGUCCAGGGCUUUCCUUUUCAGAAGUUAGCAUUCUCCUUUUGACCGUCCAAGUCAUUAUGAAUUCUGACCUGUAUUAGGAACAUGUUGGACAAUGGAAACAUUUCUCUGGUUUGUUUUAGUAAUAUUUUUUGGGUCACACUUCCUUUCUGUACCAAUUUCUUUUAAUUUAAAGAACUAUAAGCCAGGUUAUAUUAUCUCCCAACAGGUAAUAUAGCUCUUUUCUUUUAUUAACUGUUCUCUGUCCCCCAACCAUCUGAUAUUUGGUAGAGUAACACUUUUACACGUGUGCUUGCCUCCUAAUUUAAAAUACUGUAUCCGCAUGUAGAUAUAAUGUACAUAACAGUUUAACCUCAAGGUUGCUAGAGUCAGGGCCCCUGUGCCUGAGACACUAAUACAGAGUGUGUUCGCACUUAGCCAUGGGCUGGGCUCAAGAACCUGAUACCAGGGUUGAUGUGGAUUACCUAGAACCCUUCCUGCAGUAUUCAUACGGUAUUUUUAUUUUGUCAUUGUCAUUUUGUGUGUAUGUGUGUGGUGUGUGUGGUUUUAACGGGAAUCUUGUUUUUAAAAUGUAGUUUCUAAAGGUUAACACAAAAUGUUUCAUUCAUUGUGCAGCAUAUACAACAGAGAGGUACCUUAACAUUAUUUUUUGUUGUUCUUUUCCUCCCAAGUACUUCUCUGAGUACUAGCGUUCAUUUGACUUCACUGUCAAAGAUCAUUCUUCCGUGCAUUAGUAGCCCUGGAAAGGGAGGAACAAGAAGGCCCUGUUGACUGGGUUUCCUGGCUCUGGAAUUCAGGCAUCCUGGCUUUACCAGGAUGUUAACCGGGUCUGCUCAUAUGUUGGAGCCCGUAUCCCAUGGCAGGUUGCUUCAGGGGCCCAUCUUGGGUGGAAGGGUACUCCUGUGUGGUGCAAAGCCUCAAGCUCCUGAAUCCCGUUGCCGUCAUCUCUGGUGUCACAUGUCGCUGUGGCCCUGGCAGGUUCUCAAAGCUCCCGAGUGCCCCGCAGCCCGAAUGUGUGAAUGGCACUCUCACGCCGACCGUGCACCGAAAGGACUUUGGCAUUCGGUUGGCACUCCUUUUCCCUUGUUCAAUAUUAGGUUCCUGUUUGCCCCUUGCCAUUGUUUCCAAAGAUUAAGCAACGUCAGUAACAUUUUAAAGGACCAAUAAGAACCUCCUGUUAACUAAACCUCUUCCCGUGGAAGCACACUCUAUAACUAAAGGGAAGGGCCCUGGGCUCUGUUCUGUCCUUUGCAUUGAGAACGGUGUGGGGAUCAAAGUGUGUGUAUGUGAUUUGUUUAUUGGUUUGGCUUGGCUUUUUUAAUUUUUCUUUUCUCCUUUUCUAAAAAUGCAUCCUUCCCUUCCACAUGUUACCAAAUUAAUUUCUAUUUUUGAGAAGUUGAGUCUCCAAGUGUAAAAAAAAUAAAUAAAUAAAAGGAAAUCUCUAUUUCGUGAGGUAGAUGUUGUAAGCUUGACAGUGGCUGUGGAAGUGAGUUCACCUUUACCACUCUCCACCUUACAGCUUUAUAUCAGACUGGUUAGGAGAGCCCGGGGGUGUGGGAGGGGCGGGGGAGGAGGCAAUUCUUCUGAACGAAUGGACUUUCUGUUGUUGUUUUUGCAUGUUUAAUAUAGAAGUUCUUGUUCCUUGGGAGAUCAUGGCCUUUGAAUAUGCACACAACCUUUGAAUUGUGCCUAUUAAAUUAUAGCAGGGGACUCUGGCACCCAAGGAAUUCUGACUUUCUGGGAUUAUAGUAGUAAUUCCCAGCCGUACUCUGGACUUUAUUUUGCUAACCAUAAUUGAGCAACUGUAAAUUACUGCUAUAUUAAUGUUUUAAAGCACUGGGAUAGUCUAAUUCUAACUUGUAAUUAAUUAUGUUUGCCAAUUAUCUGUUUGAAAUAAAUUUGUGUCUGAACAGCUAUUGAAACUGUUAAAUUGUACAGAUAUUAUUCAUGACAGCUUUGUACUGUGGAAUGUGCUUAAUAAAAAACAAAAAGUUUGACUUUUGUCCAAUAAAUUGCUAAGUAAUGUCAAUAAAUCAAGUAUGAGUAUUAUGCAGUACACCUAAUCUGGCUUCAUGCAAUUGUUACUUCAGCUACUAAUUCAAAGCCAAUACUCUUAAUAAAGUGUUGCAAUACUCUGA